AGACCGAGAACAGAGCAUUGUUUUUCUCAGGGUAUUGUAUGUCGAGACUGGCAGACAGACUGUGUUUGUGUGCUGGUGUCUCCCAUCUGCCAGUGAAGUGGAGAAGGAAUUGGGAGGGUGGGGGGAAAGAGGCGGAGCAACUGAGUGACGGCUGCACUCACUCUCCAUCUCACAUGCGAGCUCAGGUUUGCAGCAGCUUAGACUCUCGGGCUGGUUUAUUGCACCGAUCAGUCGAGUCAGGUCAGUCCGCAUGAUGGCGGAGCCCAGCACACAGUCCCGUGUCUACUUUCAGUCCACAAGCAAGGAAGAGGAGACUCAGUCACAGCGGAAACUGGGCAAGUUCACGGUCCGGUACGACAGGAAGGACCUGCAGAGGAGACUGGACAUCGAGGAGUGGCUGGAUUUUCAGCUUCAUCAGUUGUAUGGCUGUGAGGAGGAAGAAAUCCCGGAUCUGGAGAUCGACAUCGAUGAACUGUUAGAAAUCUCGGAUGAAGACCAGCGUUCAAAACUCCAGGAGAUGCUGCAUGAAUGUUGUAAACCCACAGACGAUUUUAUUAAUGAGCUGCUACUUAGAAUAAAGGGUCUUCGGAAAAUGACAGUCUCUCAGAAGAAGUGAGACAGAGUGCCACCAUCAAUGGAACAGAGUCACCGGGACUAAGUUGAGUGUGUGGUCAGACCAGCCUUGUCCUAUUUAUGAAAUAACACCCUUACUUUGGUCAAAAAGGGAUCAAUUUGGGACCGAAAUAUGUGAAGCAUGUUAGUCCGUGACUCAAAAUCACAGAUUUACAAAAAAGAAAAUAGAGAAUGAGCAGGAUACGUUUGUGGCUAUUUAUGGAUUUUUUUUGUUAAAACUGUUAAUAAAAGAUGAUGCGUAGGUGUAAUUCCUGUUCUGCUGUUGCUGGAACAAAGUAGAUUUUAAUCCUCUUAUUACCUUUCAAACUGUAUAUGCCUUUUGUUUGAGAGAAUCUGUGCCAAAAGGGACUUAAGCACAAAUCUAGGCCUACAUUCCCACUGCAGUACCGAGGGAGUGCUGGACUGGUGGAGGUACUAUUUUUCAGGUGACAUAUUCAAAGGACGCCUGGUGUACCCAGUCAGAUGGAUGUAAAAAGAUCCCAUGGCUCUAUUUCAAAAGAAAAUGACAGGAGGUUGUGCAUCUCAUGUAUUGUCUGUCUCAUAUUUAUCACUCAAACAGCUACUACUAAAAGUGGUGAUUAUAGAA